UGCAUAAUAUAUGUACCCAAUAUAUCAGUUAUGAUAGGAUAACUAGACCUUCCUAAGGAGAUUGUGUCGCCGUUGGCAGUGGCGAAGCUGAGUCGAGAAGCAUCGUGGGUGUUUAGUUCCUCCGUUACAAGCACAGUAAUCCACCGCCUCCCGAUGGCCCAACUAAAUUGUUUAUAUAGUCGUUGACAUAAUCUACUUAUGGCGUAAGCUUUACGUCAACUACAUAAAAAGAUGUUUAUGGGUGGUGCAAGGUGGUCGGAGGGCCUGGUGAUGGCACUCAUGCCGGUUAGUCCUCCUCUUCUGCGUGCUGAUGACCACCUUCUGUUGCGCUACUACGCUGCGAUUAUGAGAGUAGUGCGUCCUGUCUUUGUUCGGGUCCUGCAACUCUUCACUAACAACAGGAAAACCUUCAAGGAGCUUCUCUUUGAGCUUCCGGAUUACUCCAACAGACAAUACAAAAAUGACUUCAGCAAAGAAGAGAGACAAAAGCUGGAUAAUAAUGCUUCUAGUAACACUUUUGAUAUAACAUUGCUGUUCUUGUUGCUGCAGCGUGUGUGUGGCCUUCCCAGCAUUAACCAUCAAAAUUGGUCCACGCCGGAUACACUGGAAAACAAUUUAAAAAGACUGAAAAAUCAUAGGAAUGAUUUAGCUCAUGAAGACCUAGCAUUUUCUCCCGAUGAUCUGCAACGUUGUUUGUCUAACAUAGAGGACCUUUGUCGUGAGGUGUUGAAGGAAACUGGCCGUAGAUGCCAAUGUACUGUGAUAGAUGAUAUUCGGGUGAUGGAAGAAAGUUUAGAGGAGAUAUUAACGGGAGGUAUAGAUCUUUGGCAACCUUACAGAGAGGCGCUUUAUAAUCUACAGAAGGAACAUUGCAACUUAUUGAUAAGAGAAGGUAGAAAAGAAAUGAAGGAAUUGUCAAAGAAACAUCGCAUUCUUAACCCAUUUGUGUGGCUGCUAGAAGACAGAUUUGCUCACUUGGAUGUUGGUCACAUAUUUACAAAUUUAUACAUAGAGGGGCAGAGGGAGGUCAGUACACGUGACAUUUUCACUAUACCUCUUAAUUCAGGAAAAUAUCCUGAUGUGUUAAUAAUGGUUGGACCACCGGGUAUAGGGAAAACGAGCCUGACAAAAUUUUGUUUACAUGACUGGCUGUCAACUUCUUCUUCUAUCUGUGGGAUGGAUAAUUAUGAUAUUGUACUGCUAGUGGAAUUAAGACAUGUUACAAGUGAAAAUAUCCAGGACCUAGUGUGUGAAGAGCUCCUUCCGCGAACAUGUCUUCAGUUGGAGCGCGAAGAUGUUCUGACAUCACUGAGGCAAGUGUCAACUCUCUGGCUUCUGGAUGGCUAUGAUGAAGCUACUAACAAAACGAAAGAUUUAGUUAAGGAAAUUAUGAAAAAAUUUCACAACUCUCAAAUCAUGAUAACUUCUCGGCCUGACAAUGCCAAUGACCUUCAUCUGUUAAUUAAUGAGGUACAUCUUAGUAACACGUUGUAUCAGCUGAGAGGAUUAUCUCCAACUAUGUGGAAUGUUUAUGCUGAAAAACUGUUUUCUGUGUCUGUAGCAGAUGAAGACAUCCGCCGGUAUUCUUGCGAGAAAUUUAUUAAAUUUCUGAAAGAGAAAGAACAAGAUAUGUUUGAAAUAUUUAGUGUACCUUUGUUCGUGGUGAUGCUGGUGGUGCUAUGGCUGGAGAGUCCAGCAGAAGUUACCGGAGCCACCACAGUCACCAGACUCUACCACAUCCUCAUCAACCUCAUCGUCAACAGGAUGACCAGACGCCCCCAGCUGACAGCUUUAGGAUUCACUCAAAGCCAACUUCAGCGCAAGAUAAAUAAUUUUCUUAAUUUACUCGGCAAAAUGUUCUGGGAAAAUUCAAAAAUGCUUAUAUUUGUUCUUCUGAGUGAUCAAAUUAAACAAAUAGAAGAACUGUGUGAGAAUUCUGGGUUGCCGUUCAGGGAAUGCAUGUCACCAUUCUUCCUGGUGAUAGUGAAGGCAACAACUACUGGGACAACUGAAGAAUAUCAUCCACUUCACCGGACAGUGCAAGAGUUCCUCGCUGCUCGAGCAUUUUGCAACUGCAUGAUAACUCAAGGUUGUGAUGUGCUUACCCUCGCUGCUCAGUGGAUGCUAAAGCACAGGGAAAAUCCAUACCAACAAAUGUCUUAUGAAAAUGAGUCUUGCAAUAAAAACGACCAGUAAAACAAAUUUUGUUAUGGAGAAACUCCAUGAAGGAAGUGAUGACCUCUAUGACGAUUACCACUUUGUGUCCACAAAUUUUUCUUCGGUAAAUUGCUUUUGCUCAUUAUUCAUGGAUUUAUUUAGUGAGAUUAAUGAUCCUGGCGAGUUUGAGAGGGAAUUCUGCAGCCACUAUUUUUUAAAUAUGACAUCUGGUAGCUUGUUGAUCCCAUUUGUAUGUGGAUAUCUCAAAAUGAAUGAUGCAUUAACGCGGUCUAGGGCAGAACAAAUGAUAUAUGUCGCUAUUUGUGGUCAAUAUAAAAUUAGGCAAUAUUCUCUUUGGAUGAAGCUUAUUCAUGAAACUGAGGAAGAUAAAGAAUUUAUUCAGGAGUUAAAUUCACAAUUAUUCUCUUACCAGUGGAAUCCUAGUCCAUUAGAGCUAUCAACAUUGGCAAAACUCUUAGAGUUUAUUACCCCAGAGUCAGUCCACGUUCAUCUCUGUCGUUUAGAUGACUACAGUAAUAAUAAGACAUUUAUUGAUGAACUUCGUAUACUUGCCAGAUUUCCAAUUAGAAUUUCUCUCGAUUUGCAAAAUUCAAUGUUGUCGAAUAUGAGACGCUUCUUAAUAUAUGCUCAAGAGUGUUUGGCAGUACUGUUGGACCCAAGAGCCUCUUGCCACCUAACUGCUCUGUGUUGCCCACUAAACAAGGAAAGUUUAUCACUGUUGCGUCAUGCUCAACACCUUGAAGAUCUGUAUGUGAGGGUCGACAACCUGGAAGAUCUGCAAACUUUAGCUCAGAUUACAGACAGUCUCCAGAACCUUCAGAACCUAUCAGCUUUCAUAAAUUUUACUUUACUAAAUAUUCGUGUCAAAAUGCUUCCAACAUUUAGAUUAAAACAACACAUUCAGCAGAAUCAUAAUUUUGCGGACUUUGAAAGUACUUAUAUAGAAAUGCUUGGACAAGAUACUUUUCCAGAAUAUGAUCUCAUAUACCUCAAGCCUCACAAAUGCCCGCCACCCAAGGUUCCAAGUCAUAAACUGUUGCAUAGAUUCUCGAAGAAAAAGACAAUGAAGAAGAGAAGAAAAAUGAAUCAUUUGCGCGAGCCAACAAUAACAGUUAUUCCAUAUCCCACUCACGAUAUCCCUCCUCACCUUUAUGAGUCAUAUCAGAGGAUGUGGAACAUGCCGUCUGCCCACUGCCACUCCCAGUGUGCUGAACGUCAAUAUGAUCCAGAUUUGUGCAAUGACAAGUGCGCUCACAGAAGCUUCCCUCCUCCAGAGCAAACAAAGCAGGAGUGGUUUGACUGUCACAAAGCAAUAAGCUACCAUCAUGUAUGCCUUAAAAAGUUGAGAUCAUUUUAUAAAAUAAUGUGGAAAAUAAUAGUUCAAAAAUACAAACCCAAGAGACAUAUGUACACAAAAUAUUAUGACUCGUAUAUUAAAGCUUUUUGUUAUCAAAUGAAGGAUGAGCAGUUCCGUGAGAGUAUACAUGAUAUAUUUAUUGACUCACUUGAGGUGUGUGAAUUACUUUUGUUUGAACACAAAGUAUGCAUCCAGAAACACCGAAAACAUCUGACACACUUAAGGGAACCUAAAAAUCCAGUUUCUUCUGUUCA